GUUCAGUGAGGCCUAGGAGCUCCUUGGCUGAGAAUUCUAAACGCCCCUCCUUAAACGGCAAAUCCCAGGAUGCAACAGAGGCACCCAGAGCAAUAAAAGUAGAAUAGCAGCUCUAUAUGAGUGUUAGUGCAGUAAUAUAUUUCUCUUUAAAUAGUGAUUUUCCAGAUACAAUAGUCUCCCCUUGCAUACUGAUUUUCCAGACUAACAGGGCUGCUAUAGCUUUAAUCCUUCUUUGUUUGUCUACAGCUAUGAGAUCAACGGGCAGCAGGGAAACGAGCAGCCCCAGGACUUCUGCAUUCCUCUCGCGAGACUAAAAGAAAGCCUUCUUCCACUGGUGAGGUUGCAGGAAGAAGCCUCUGGGUCCAAUGGCUCUGCAAGGGACCAAGGCUGUCUUCUUUGACCUGGACAACACCUUGAUCGACACAGCUGGAGCUGGCAGGAGGGCCAUUGAAGAGGUGAUUAAUGUCUUACAGUCAAAACAUCAUUGUGAUGAAAGAGAAGCCUGCAUGAUAUGCGAUAAAUUCCAAGCCAAAUUGCUUAAAGAAUGCUAUGAUCCUUCUGAAAUGUGUAUUACUGACCUCAGGAUUCAACACUGGGAAGAAGCUAUACAAGAAGUAAAGGGAGGAACAGUCAAUCGGAAUCUGGCUGCAGAAUGCUAUUUCCUUUGGAAAACUACUCGCUUGCAACAUUUGACUUUGUCAGAGGAGACACGAAGGAUGCUUAUUGACCUCAGAAAGGUUUUCAAGUUGCUUCUGCUAACAAAUGGAGAAUCACAGACACAAAGGGAAAAGAUUGAGGCUUGUGCCUGCCAACCAUAUUUUGAUGCCAUUGUUGUAGGAGGAGAGCAUCAAGAAGAAAAACCAGCAUCCUCAAUAUUUCAUCACUGCUGUGAACUUCUAGGAGUUCAACCUGAGGACUGUGUGAUGGUUGGUGACUCUCUAGAUACAGACAUUCAAGGAGGCUUGAAUGCAGGUUUGAAAGCAACAAUUUGGGUAAAUAAAGCCACAGUGACACAAAAACCUACUUCUCCAGUCCCUCACUAUAUUAUUUCUUCUGUUCUUGAUCUUCCUGGACUUCUUUCUAACAAAGGAGCUACUACAUUAGAAAUUAACAAGGUUGCUGGUAAUUGUAAUAUGUGAGUUUUCCACAGAAAAGUCAAGGACUUUACCUAGCUAGGGCUGAUGGUAAAGGACUUUUUCAUGUGAAAAUUAAAUUGGUUUGUCUUAAAUGUUCUAUAAUUUGAAUGUUUUAAAAAAAAUACAUUAGCUAUAAUAUA